AGUCGAACAGUACUCAACUACUAGAUUAGUUAAGUGCAUUUCUAAUUUCUAUUUUCUAAAUAUUUUUUUAGUUAGAUACAUCUCAUACACCGAGUAUGCUUUUUAAUUUGUGAAUAAGUUAAAUUGUCAUUUUAUAAAAAAAAAAAAUGUCUUAUUACCUUAUAUUAAUACUCGGGUGUUUGAGUGCACUUUCGUUGUCCACUGCCAAUGAAGUGCCAACAAUUGCUAUUUCUUGUGGCAAUACAAAAUUGGAAACCUUACCCAAAUAUCAACAAUAUAUGGGUACUCUUGAGUUUAAAAAAAUGCUUUUGUCUCUCUGGGAUGAGGAUACUAAAGUAGUAAUGGUCUUAGAAAAUGAAUUAAGUCUUGAAGAUUUCACAAUGAAAGGUACUGAUGGUCACAGCUUAUUCCAAUUAUUUGAAAAUUCUGAAGACCGUCGUUUUUUCCCAUCGGUUGAUCAACCAGAAAAAGCCCUUGAAAUGUUAUCAAAGAAUGAUUUUGCUGUAAAAGUUUAUAACGCAGAUACAUAUAAAAAUAGUUCAGGAAAAAUUAUAGCUUUGGCUGAUCUUAAUGAAAAUAUCCAUGAUAGUAAUGAUGAUAGCAGACAAACAACAUUGCUAAAGCAUAAUAAUGAAGUUUCAAAAAUAUUUACUGAUCUUUGCACACAGUACACCAAUGUAGUAUUAGUGUUUUCGGGUAAAGUGAAUCCAUGGAUUGAAAAAAGUGAUGCAUCAAAUGCACACCAUUUAGUAACUAGACACUUGAUGGCUGUUGACGGUAAAUCUGAAAUAUUUAAGAUUGUUGACCCCAAAGGAAAAUCUCUUAUAUAUUCAGUCAGCUAUCCAACUCUAUCUGUUGAUAAUGGGCCAGAUACUCCACUUGAACCGUCAAAUACUAAUACUGAUGUAUACCUUGACGAUUCACGUGAAUCAUUGCUUAAAGUCGGAAUAACAUUUUCAGUUAAUGGCACCAAAGUUAUAUUACGUUUUCGUUUUGAAAGAAUAACAUUCUCAUGGGAAUUGAAAUCAAUCGAGUAUGAACGCGAUAGCAGUAUUAUUCAACUUUCACCCAAGCAGCCAAUUGGGGCUCAAAAAGGACUAUCUUACUUUUCAGCAGGACCUGUUAUCUUCUCUAAUGAUUCAAUUGUAUUGAAGUUUGAUGGCAAAUUCCAGGUUCAACCGUGGUUGACGUCAGAAAGCCCAAAAUUCAGUGACCCUCAAGAACAAAACUCUUUCUUUACACCACCUAUAUUGGCUGGUUUAUUUGUUACUGCCAUUAUGUUGUUUAUUGUUACAUGGGGUAUUACAAUGAUAAUGGACAUCAAAACUAUGGAUAGAUUUGAUGAUCCAAAAGGUAAAACCAUUACCAUCAAUGUUGCUGAAUAAAUUUACAUUCCAUCUAUGUUCUUAAGUAAAUAAUUUUUUUGUUGAAA